AUGGUGGUGGACUCCAUUUUCGCAGACUUCAGGCUUGACCCGAAAAGCGACUUGUAUCUCUUCCAAACCCUCAGCGUAGGGCAGCACGUCCUGCGCAUAGGAUGCCAUCCGCGCGGGACGGGGCACAGAGACGACGGCGACCUCUCCGUCGCCCUGCGGCUGGAGAGCAAAUCCAGGAGCGUCAAGGUCGAAUUCGACGCCUUCCUGACGGGCGGAGACGACGGCGCACCACCGCUCAGAGCAAAGCGGUCCACGUUUACGCAGGAGAAGACCUCCGAUGACGUGGACGUCCAUGGCUGGUUCCAUUUCAUGCGGAGCGACGUGGACCCACUUUUCGCGGCGCACGGCGCGGCCACGCUGGUGUGCGGGGCCGUGCUUGUGCGCGGCGACGACCCCGUCCCCGUCCCGGCGUCCGACAUAGGCGACCAUCUCGGGCGCCUGCUCGACCGCGCAGACGGCUCGGACGUCUCCUUCUCGGUCGCCGGCGAGACGUUCCGCGCGCACCGGGCCGUGCUCGCCGCCCGCUCGCCGGUGUUCAGGGCGGAGCUCUUCGGGUCCAUGGCGGAGGCCGCGAUGCCAUGCAUCACCCUGCACGACAUCGAGCCGUCGACGUUCAGAAUUCUGCUUCGGUUCAUGUACACGGACGGGCUGCCCACGGACGAGGAGCUUCCAAGCUCUUCGGAGAGUUCGGAGACGACCGAGCUGUUUCAGCGUGUGCUUGCGGCGGCCGACCGGUACGAUCUUGGCAGACUGAAGCUCCUCUGCGCCCAGAAGCUGUGGGAGAGCGUGUCGGUGGAGACGGUCGCUACUACCAUGGGUUACGCUGAAAUGCACAACUGCCCGGAGCUGAAGAAGAGGUGCCUCGACUUCUUCAUGGCGGACAAGAACUUCAAGAAGGUGGUGGUGACCGACGGCUACUUCUGGCUCAUCGGACGCUUCCCCUCCAUUAUUUAUGAUAUAAGAGCACGGGUUGAUGAGACUUGA